AUGAACAUGGUCCGUAGUAUGCUCGCUUUGAAGAAAGUUCCUAAAAGGUUUUGGCCAGAAGCAGUGAACUGGAGCAACCAUAUCCUCAACAAAUGUCCAACCCUAACAGCGAAGAAUGUUACUCUAGAAGAAGCUUGGGGUGGAAAAAAAAAAAACCUAAUGUUGGCUACUUUAGAAUAUUUGGCUGCUUGGCAUAUGCUCAUUGAGGAAUCAAAAGCUUACAGGUUGUACAACCCAAAUACACAGAAGAUUAUUAUUAGUAGAGAUGUUGUUUUUGGUAAAGAUGAAGGAUGUGAUUGGAGUAAUGGAAAAUAUCAACAUGUCACUGUUGACCUAGAAGCAAAUGAAGAAAUUGAAGAUGUCACACAUCAAGCUUCUCAAAAUGAGUUACCAGAAAAUGACUCAUUAGAGAACAACUCCUCAGAACCUGAUGAAGCAAUGACUAGGGGAACUAGAACAAGAAGAGCACUUGGAUGGCUAACUGAUUAUGUGACUAGAGAAGAACUAACAGAUGAAGAAAAUGGCGCUCACUUUAAUUUGUUCAUUGAUAGUGAUCCAAUCACCUUUGAUGAAGCUGUUAAAGCUCAAAAUGGAGGAAAGCCAUGGAUGUUGAGAUAG